AUGACACCUCCAGUAUACCCUCCUCCGAGGCCUCUAGUCCAGAUCCGAGUGACUCUCUGGUGGGUGUGUCCUCUAGUAGAGUACGUAUUUCAGAAGAGGUUAGCCUUUCUCUUUGACUUCACCCUUACUGCCUUCCUCAUGAUGGGAAACUUCUCGCCGGGUCACGGGUGGAGGGAGGAGGGGUUGGAACAAACCAUCCCAUUCCCAUUCGACAGAGACGAGGAGAUCCCCAUUCCAGAAGAUGACCUAUUGAACCACCCGUGUCUAAAGCAGCUGGAACGAGACCUGGAUAUUCAGCAUGCACACAUGCGGCUAUAUUCGUCUGCUCAAGAGUGGUGCUCCGGCCUUGAAGCCACGCACACCUCGACAUGCUGCUAGAAAGACAUUCAGAGACAAAACUAAAAACGCGGAGAUUUCCAGUUUCUUAGAAGACCUUCGUGAACUUGGUAUUGGUCAAUCUCAAACUGAAGAGCCAACUGAAACCACAGUACAGAAUGGAACUGAGGCAGAGGAGAGAUCAUGUUGUUCCGAUAAUUCAGAAUUGAGUUUUGGAAUACUAUUCAGUGAUAAGGACAACACAGCUGUAUGUGACAAGAUCAGAGAGUAUGAACUGUUAUAAUUAUGCGGAGAACCUUCAGAGGCAGAUCCAGUCAAACAGACUCUCACUCAUGGCACUAGAGCUGCUCUCCUUCAUCAGCUCUUAUCAGGAUGUCCCCUUCUUUAUGGAAGGCUUGGAGAGCUCCCACUUCACAGACUCUGCCCCAAGCACGCCCCCAAUCCCCAUGCCAACCAGAAACCUCAUGUUCCACAACAGGGCCUUAGCAGACUGAGAUAAUUAAAACUAUUGGGCAAUAAUUAUAGCAAUUUGUGUUUGUAUGAUUGUGAAUAAAUAAUUGUAUAAUUA